ACCUAGUAACCGGUCGCCGCCGAAUGCCGAUACUGGUAACCGGUACUCCGACUUCUCGUAAGUCGAGACCAGUCCGCAGUCGCGCUUCGCACCGGCACCCGACCGAUCAUAUUGUAACUCGCCUUUUUGCUCCUCCCGUCUUGCAGCACGAGCGGUCACCGCACCCCGCCCGGCCUGUCGUCGCCGCCGCCGCAAUACAAUUUUUAACGGACAAUUGACAAACUGAGCCCGUCGUAAACGAUAUCCGUCCGGAGAAGUCCUCGCUCGAAGCGUUUGUCUCGAGCUGAAGUCGUGUAAUCGUUUUCCUAACCGCUAAUUAACUUUUUGUUUUUCCUUUUUAUUUUUUUAUCUUUUUUUUUUGGCGGCAAAGCACUGUGUCACGUCACCGUCCAGGAGUGUUUAAAGGAAAUUCGUACAAACCGUUUUUGAUUGAAUAAAACAAAAUGGAGACACCGCCUUUUAAUCCAGAGCCAACUCGGAUGAUGACCAGAAGCGUUCUAGCUGAGAUACCAACUAGGCUAGGACGAUUAUCUAUGACAGACCCUAACAAUGGUUUGGGCCGAAAUGAUCACCAUCUCAAUAUAAUGAAUACCACUAUAAGUAACUUGCCAACAUCAAUGAUGACGCCAUCCCCUAGUCCAGAUGAAUUAAUCAUCCAACAAAGGGGCCGCCGUAAAAUACCAGUUACUUUUAGUCCUGACAUUGAUGCCAUAAAACAGAAUAAUCAAGAAACUCCAACAAAAUCUGGUUGUUCUAAUUUCAAGAGUUCAAUUGUUCUGAGGAGUACUCCACGCAAAAGAUUACUGUUAAAUGAUCCAUUGGAAUUAUCAUCUCCAGACAAAUACAAAAUUGGCUCUCCGAGUUGUAAAAAAUUACGUACUGAAGUGGCAGUUGAACUUCCAGAAGAUAAUUGUCUUUUGUCUGCUUUAAAAUCAUUGUCUCCAGAUCAGCUAAUUGGUAUAAUUGGACAGAUUGUCAUUGACCAUCCGAGUAUUGAAAAGGAAAUUAGAUCACAUUUCCCUGUGGCCGACUUAAAGCCCCUUGAAGAACGUAUUUACUAUUUGCGACGUAAUAUCUACAAGGCUUUACCAAGUAGCAGAUUGAUUUCAAAAACUGAUCCAACUGCCUACAACAGAGUCUCAACCCAUGUUUUAGCAUUCAAGAAAUGUGUUGUCGAUCAAGGUAGACGCUUGGUUGAGAGCAAUCAGUGGCCAAUCGUUAUGGACUAUGUGUUCAUGGCAUGGAAGCAUGUUCGUAAUACUCCUAUAUGGGAUAAUCCUGCCCACAACGCUGCACGCCGACAGUGUUUUAAAUCGCUAUCAGCUCAGUGUAUAACUGCCCUCAAACACAUGAAGGACACUAUGAACCAGCAAAGCUGUGACAAUUAUAAAAACCAACUGAAGCUGUUAGUUGAUGACAGUGAAGACAUAGAAUGGUGUUUGCAUUUCCUGAACAUUCGUGAGUGACCCACAUUAGUUUGGUUUUCUUUAUUCUAUUAUGUAUUUUUUUUUUGUCUAGCAGCAAAUAUAUUUUUGUAGUUGCUGGAUAAAAUGUUGACUGUAGGCAAUUAUUUAGCUAACAUACUAUGUAACGUUGCGUUAAUUUAAAAUAUUAGUAAAUUUAUUUUAAUUGUAUACAAAAAAUUGAAUGUUUUCUACUUUUAUGUGAAUAAUAUAUGGUGUAUUGUGUUUUAUUUCUGAAAAUCCUGUAAUUGUAAUAAUUUUGUCAACAUAACCCACCCCCUACUAUUUCUGCACAAAAUGUUUAAUUUGCACCUACACCAUCAAAUAACUGUAAAUUUAUGAUUUUUUUUUUUUGGGAGGGUGGGUUUAUUUGUUUUUUGCUUAUUAUUUAUUUCAUGCACCAUUUUAAUUUUUUUUUCUAUUGAAAUGUAUUAUUUAUUACAAUUAUUAUUAUGUUUAUAAAACGUGGGACCACUAAGUUAGUCAAUUAUUUUACAGAAUAUUAUUAGCAAUGGUUUUGCGUUGUAGUAUAUUCAUUUUUUUUUUUUUAUUAACAAAUUGUUAAAAUAAAAUAUAAAUGUAGCGUGUUUGUGUAUUGAUCGACAGUAUACUGAAAAUAAUUUAUUGUCAAAUUCAAUAAAUUUGUUCAACUUAAGACUGUAGGUGUGAACUCAGGGUCGCAUUACUCAAAUGUGUGCAAUGCAUAUAAUUUGAAUCCUUCUACAUAGACUGUAUAGUUAGUUUUAUAUGAUAAAUUAAGUAAAUGUACUUAGAUUUAAAAAAUAAAAAAUAAAUGUUCCAUGUACAAUUUGUAUACCUAAUGUAUGAAUAACUUUAUGUUAGUUUUAGUUAUGUUUAAUGUUUGUCGUAUUUGUAGACAAAUGUAUAAUUAUUAUUUGUGGAAAUGUAUCUAACCUCAUAAUUCUAAAUAAAUGGUAAUUAAUUUUAAA